UACAAUCCCUAGUCCUUCCCCCUUUCGUGACGAACGUUUUCCCUUCCUAACCCUAGAUAAGCCAAACCGAUGAACCUAUGAAUCCAUACCCUUCGAAGCUUUUGGAAAUUUAGUAGUGGAAGUCAUGAGGAAUCAAAUUUCAAGGUCUAAAGAUCCAAGUUUAGAUUUCUCUUGCAUAUGAUAUUUUUAAUGCUGAAGGGCAUUGUGUGAAGUUUUCUGGAUCAACUGUAGACUGUUACAAGUGAAUUGCAGUUGCUUUCUUAAAUAGCUUUCAUUUCUGUAGAAUCUCAAGAUAUGUCGAGUGGACCAGCAAGAAGGGUCUCAACCAAAGAUAUACAAGUGGUGCAAAAUCUGAUAGAACGGUGUCUUCAAUUGUACAUGAACCAGAGGGAAGUUGUCGAAACGUUAUUAGCUCAGGCAAAGAUAGAGCCAGGUUUCACUGAACUUGUUUGGCAAAAGCUUGAAGAAGAAAAUCGGGAAUUUUUCAAGGCAUAUUAUUUGAGACUGACAGUGAAGCACCAAAUAAUAGAAUUUAACAAGCUGCUUGAGCAACAGGUGCGAUUGAUGCGUCAGAUAAAUCCAACCGGAGUUGUUUCAAUGCCUACUUCUAAUGGAUCACAUAUGCCACCAAUUCACCAGAAUUCAGCAUGCUAUGCCACAGAGCAUACAGGACCAGCAUUGAAGCCGGAGAACAUGCAUCAUCCAUUUGGUUCCAGUAUGACUAAUGCAUUUACCAAUGGUGGAUCAGCGCUGCACUCAAGUAUGCGCACUGCUGUUGAUAUGUCUGCUCAUACCACUAGAAUUGAUGCCCCUCAAAACAUGCUUUCAACACAAGGCCCAAACAUGGGUUUGAUGCAAGGACUAAAUGGGGGAAUGAUCAAAUCUGAAUCUGGUUAUCCAGGCACUUCCCCUUAUAUGUUCAGUGCUGAUGGCAAUGUCCUGGAAGCACGUCCUUCAAUUCCAGAUGCAUCUGUUGCAUCUUUCAGUAGUGCAGAAUCUAAUUCACAAGCUCUGAAUGAACCACUUUUGGAUGCUGACACUUCUUCAUAUGGAUUUCUGGAUCAAAUUCCUCAAAGUUUCAGUCUCUCUGAUUUGACAGCUCAUUUUGCUCAGAGUUCAGAUAUUUUGGAGAACUAUCCAAGAUCACCCUUCCUUGCAUCAGACAAUGAUAAUUUCUUGGAUUCUCGUGAGAGAGAACAUCAAGGAGAUAAUAAAAGGUUGGACACUAUAUCAGAAGGUGUGAGUUAUGAUGACUUUGGAAGCGAAUAACCGUAAAAUUUCAGUUGUCCAACUGUGCCCCUUGGUUAGGAGGUUUGUAUAUAGAAUUUUAGAAGGGAAGAAACUUCAGAUGUAGAACUCUAUGGAAGGUAUCGAUUGGUGUGUAAAAUUUUCCUGGUUAGAAUUAUAGCAUAUGACAGCUUGACAUUAGGAUUGUUUAGGAUGAAAAGUAUCGAAAUGAUACGACACAGAUCUCUCUUCUUUCUUCCCAUCAUGAUUAGGAUGGAAUCCUAAGGUUGGUUGUGGAAAGUGAAACAGAAUUUUGCAUUUUGGUGUGAUGAUAAAGCUGUUCUUGUUGAUAGUUUGUGUUUUAAUAUGGAAAUUCUGCUUAUGUUUA